UGUCGCACCGUCUGUUUCGCUUGUGGUCCUCGGAGCCCGGAGCGGAGCGCGCCCCCGCGAGUCAUGUCGCUGAAGGCCGUGUGCGUGCUGAAGGGCGACGGCCCGGUGCACGGCGUCAUCUGGUUCAAGCAGGAGGGAGAUGGGCCAGUCGUGGUGUCGGGAUCCAUUGAAGGGUUGACUAAAGGCGAGCACGGAUUCCAUGUCCAUGAGUUUGGAGAUAAUACACAAGGCUGUACCAGUGCAGGUCCUCACUUUAAUCCUGAAUUAAAAAAACAUGGUGGACCAAAGGAUGCAGAAAGGCAUGUUGGAGACCUGGGCAAUGUGACUGCUGACGAAAAUGGUAAGGCCGAUGUGAAUAUUAAAGAUUCUGUGAUCUCACUCUCAGGAGCACAUUCCAUCAUUGGCCGCACAAUGGUGGUCCAUGAAAAACAAGAUGACUUGGGCAAAGGUGACAAUGAAGAAAGCACAAAGACGGGAAACGCUGGAGGUCGUUUGGCUUGUGGUGUGAUUGGGAUCGCUCAAUAAACAUUCCCUGCAAUGUUGUGGUCUGAGUCCUUGUAACUCAUCUGUUAUCUUGCUAGUUGUAGAAAUUUAACUUGAUAAACAUUAAACACUGUAACCUUAAAAGUGUAAUUGGUGUGACUUUUUUUUUUUUUAAUUACUUUAAGUACCUGUAAUGAGAACUGAUCUAUGAUCACUUGGAAGAUUUGUAUAAUUUUAUGAAACUCAUUCAAUUAAAAUGUGUUUCAAUGAUUUCUGUAUUUUGCCAGACUUAAUCCCACAUGGGUAUUAAACUUAAUUGUCUGAACUACUUCAAUUCUCACUCAAGCCUACAAUAAACAAGUACCCUGUA